GCCCCAACCCCCUUUCUCUCUUUUCCUGUUGCGUCCCAACCCUCCGCCCCACGUUCUUCUUUUGCUGGCACAUACUGACCCAGAGCAGUUCAGCUCUGCUCAGCCGUGCCGUGCAUUUCUGUGCGCUGCGCAGCUCCGCUCAGCUUCGGAGAGCCCAACGGCAAGGGCGCGGAGCCGGGGAGCCCCAUCCUUGCGCUCCCUUGGAUUCUGGGGCCGCUCCCCUCCUAAGCCGCAGGCGCUGCCGCCUCCGCCUCCGCCGUCUCCUCCUCCUCGGGAGUUGCGCGCACAGCGGAGGCACCCCUCGGGACGCCCGCAGCCAGCCAGACGGUCUGCAGAGUGGACCGACAGACUGCAGCCCCCUCAUCAGGGUAAGCGGCCGAAGAGCGCGCUUAGAGACCGGCCCGCAGCAUGGAUUCGGAUUCUGGGGAGCUGAGCGAGGGAGAGCCGGUCUCCGCGGCAGGCCCUGACUUAUUUAGCUCAAAGAACCUUGCCCUUCAAGCACAGAAGAAAAUUCUGAGCAAACUAGCUAGUAAAACAGUGGCCAAUAUGCUUAUCGAUGACACCAGCAGUGAGAUCUUUGAUGAGCUCUACAAAGUCACCAAAGAACAAACUCACAACAAGAAGGAAGCCCACAAGAUAAUGAAAGACUUAAUUAAAGUGGCUAUCAAAAUUGGGAUCCUCUACCGAAACAAUCAGUUCAACCAAGAGGAAAUGGAGAUUGUGGAGAAGCUCAGGAAGAAACUAAAUCAGACAGCCAUGACCAUCGUGAGCUUCUAUGAGGUAGAGUACACUUUUGAUAAGAACGUGCUUUCCCAGCUACUGAAUGAGUGUAAAGAUCUGGUGCAUGAACUGGUGGGGAGACACCUGACUCCCAGGACCCAUGGACGCAUCAACCAUGUCUUCAAUCACUUUGCAGACGUGGAAUUCCUCUCUGCCCUCUAUAGCCUGGAUGGAGAGUGCCGGCCCAACCUCAAAAAGAUCUGUGAUGGAGUCAACAAAUUGCUGGAGGAAAAAAUUCUUUAAAUUUUUUUCCCUCCAUUUCCUCUUCCUUGAUUUAAAAUGACAGUCACCGAGUGUCUUUGAUGAGAAACAGCAACAACAAUAACAACAAAACAAAAAUCCUAUAAAGUGUAUCAGUUUUCUCUCUCAUUCAUCUAGCAGAUGCUAGUUUCAUUCUGAGUCCAGGUAUACUCUUGGACCUCCCUGAUGUUGGAUUUUUAAUGUAUGUCUGUUUGUUUGCAAGUACUUGACAUAGAUGGCAUCUCAGAGACUUGUUAAGGAUAAUUGAUAACAUAUCCCAAGCAGGGGAACUAGUCUGUUGAACUACAACAAAAUGAAGGGACACCACCAACUCAGCUUUUCUGAGUGUGAGAGAGGUGAUUAGUUCAGGAGGUAAAGAGGAAAAGAACAACAGAAUGCAAACAACUGGCUUUUAAAUUAAAUGUCUUCUUCCAGGUGUGCAGAUUGUUAAAAAUAAUAAUAACAACCUAGAAAUUUAAGGAAAUGCAGCCUCCCAACACAAGAAAAUAUAUUUCCCACUCUUCUUACACGCUCUCACCUCAGUCUUCCAACCAACAUUAUGAAAUAUGCUUUAGUUAUUUUGGGGUGGGAUGAUAAGAGGUCAUGAAGAGUUUUUCUAUUUCAGAUAUUAUGAUGCUCCAUGGGAGACAAUUUCCUGGGCAUAUGUCCCUAGUCCCUAAGGAGAGGUAAUGUCCCUUCUAUACCUGCCCUAGAGAUAUACAUACAUCUCAUAUCUGUGUGUGGGUAAUCAGCUAUGGUUCAAGGAAACUUUAUCUGACCCAAGCACACAUAAUCAAUAAGGCUUUAUACUGAUGCACAGGUGAAAAUCAAGCAGGAGGUAUACAUUUCCUUCAUUCUUGACUUUCCCAAGUUUCACAGCACCAUUUUUUGGUGCCUAUGAACAAAGGAGGAGCUUGUGAUUAUGAUUCAGAAACAAAAACCACCUGCCACGAGAUGCUUCCCUAUAAUAAGAACAGUGGAAAUGACAGGAGAGAAAUCCAGAUGUCAGAACACAUGCCCCACUCUAUUCUCUGGAACAAAAAUGAUCAUAUUGUCUCAGAUUAUGGUCCAAACUGGCCCUGUAGUCUGUCUCUGACAGCAGUACCCAUACAUGGAUAGAUGACUUGUGGGAGGUCAUGGUUGCAACAUCAGCCAAAACAGCAAUGGCCCAGAUGCCAACUAGUCAGACUUGAAUUGCUCCCUUUGUCAAAGUCUAUUAAACACUUCAGUGAAAAAUAGCAUUGUGCAGGUGUUGAAUUUUUUUCUUAACCAAGAGAGAUUUUCAGUCUCUAUAAUAUCAUUUUUUUAAAAAAACUGAAAUGGAGUGGGGAGAGAAAGAGGUAAUGGAAUUGUUAAUGAAUCCUUCUUGCCCUUAUGUUCUCAAGAAUUGUCCUGGCCUUUAAUCACAAAGGAGGGGCACAGAGUGGUUCUGUUUCAUGUUAUGAGCAGGGAGCAAAGGUCAGUAAAUCCAGCCAACCUGAAAUCCAUGCUUCUAGUCUUCUGGAUAUCUGGGACUGUCCCAUUUGAAUGCCACAUAACUAGCUAGGUGAUUUUGGCCAAAUGAUGGCCUCUGGGCCUAAACGUUUAUGAUCUGUAAACUGAGGGUUUGAACUAAAGUUCUCUUCUAGCUUUUAAAUAUUCCAUUACUAACAACAGCAUCCUCCGCACCAUUUUUCAUUGAAAAAGCACUUGCAAAAGACAUUAGUCCAUGCUUUAAAAAAAGGCCUAUUUCUAAGCCUUUGUUCAUUAUUUAAAACUAUGAGAACUGGCAAAGCUAAGUCACAGGUUAGGACAUCUGCUUUCAGUUUUCACUUAGCAAUGGGAUCAGACCAUCUAAAGUCACAUAUAAAAUACGGGCUAGCUCCCUAGAGAGCCUCGGGAUCAGCCAGGGUAAGGAUCAAUCAAAGUCGUUGGUCUUUGGGGGAGAAGUGAAGGAGGCAAGCAAGCUGCCACGAGGCUUGCCAAAGAU